AUGGUCAUCGAUGCGAUGCUGAAGUCGCGGCCCAUCUCGCAUGACCUGUCGCAGCGCGCGGUCAAUCACCUUAUUGAGAUUGGGUUUCACGAUAUCCGGAAGCUGAGUAAGAGUAGCUGGGAGGAGAAGGCGAUGGCUCUCAAGGAUGGGGGUUACAAUCGCUACCGGGAGCAAGGGGCGACGAAUCUGGGGGAGAUGGUCGAUUUGGUCAGCGAGAAGUAUGAGGGAGAUCUCAACAAUCUAUUGAAGAAAGCGAACAACGACCGCAACAAGACCAGACAGCUGAUCAAGGAGAUCAAGGGGCUCGGGGAUCUGGGAGCGGAUCUCUUCCUCAACAAUGUCCAGAGCGUCUGGCCUUCGAUGGCCCCGUUCAUCGACGGGCGCAGUCUGGAGACGGCUGACAAGGUCGGACUGGGCACGGACUUGGAUGCGAUCUAUGCUGAGCUGGGACGCGACUCUAUGACCAUGAGCCGCCUGGCCAAUGGUCUCUCCGCUAUACCCACUCUCAGCCGGAUUGUCAACCUCGUUGUUGGCGUGCUCAUGGUCCUGGGCGGUAUCUCCCAGUUCUUCCCUAUGUCCAUGAGCUCCAUCAUUGUUGGCAUCUACGUGAUCAUCUUCGGUCUCAUCGUUGGUGGAUUGGAAUUCCUGCCCAACAUCCCCGACUACGUGUACCGCUAUGCUUCCUUCCUCUUCUCCUUCCUCGGACGGGGUGCUUUCUACAUCUUCGUCGGAUCGAUCCUGUUGCACGAUGGCGCCCUGCGGAUCAUCGCGGGCUCCGUCGUCGGUUUCAUCGGCCUGGGCUACAUUGCCCUGGAGUUCAUCCCCUCCAUCGAGCCUCCGUCCAACAUGCGCGAGACCGACCAGGGCUGGGGCGCCGAGCAGGUCUAG